AUGCCUCCACGAUUACAGCUGCUCAGUCGAGCAUCGGCAGCAGUCACACACCACGCCUAUCAACCACUCGCGCCCUUCCUCUACCCUUGCCUUCAGCAACACCGCAGUGCUUCCAUCCUGUCCGAUCUGUCCGACAACAAGGGAGCCUACAAUAAGCGCAUUCGCGUAGGUCGCGGUCCAUCAAGUGGCUACGGAAAGACAUCAGGACGAGGUCAUAAGGGCCAGAAGCAGCAUGGUAAAGUACCGGCGGGGUUCAAUGGAGGUCAGACGCCCGACUGGGUCGUGAAUGGGACGAGGGGUGAGAAGCAGCAUUUCACUACGGAAAUGUCACCAGUCAACUUGAACAAGAUUCAAUACUGGAUCAACAAUGAUCGGCUGGAUCCAUCCCAACCCAUCACCUUCAAGGAACUCUCCUCAUCUCGCUGCAUCCACGGCGUAGCCCGGGAUGGCGUCAAGCUCCUUGCUCGCGGCUCCGAAGAGCUAACAACGCCCAUCAACGUCAUCGUAUCCCGAGCCAGCGCCUCAGCAAUAGCAGCUGUAGAAAAGGCUGGCGGAACAGUCACAACACGCUUCUACACCGACUUUGCCAUCAAGAAGAUCAAAGCCGGACUGAUGGAUCCGAUCCACAGCCUCCAGUCACGGAUUGCGAUGAGCGAAGAUAGCGAAGCAGGUGCUGAGGCUGCGGCGGAUGCGUUGGUGGAGGAGAGGAGGAGGUUCAAGUAUAGGUUGCCGGAUCCCACGAGUAGGAGAGAUUUGGAGUAUUACCGCGAUGAGGCGCGUAGAGGGUACUUGAGUCAUAUGGUUAGGGAUGGCCAUGGACCCAGUUUGUUCUUUAGGACCCCGGGGACAGGUAGCAGGGAUGGGAAGAAGGGGGCUGCGAGGACGAAGAAGAGCAGUGGUGCGGAGAGUAAUCGGCUGUGGUAG